AUGGGGAAAAUGUGUUUUUCUUUGCCUGUAUACAUAUUCUUUAUUCUUAUUGAACUUAUUGGCUUUUUAUGGCGUAUUCCGAAUAUGUUCGUAGGGCUCGGAAAAGAGGUAACAACCAGCAGUGAAUUUCCAUUUGCACCAUUUGUUCGGAUGCUUGCCUACUCCAUACUGACGACUAAAUUCAAGCCUCACGUAAAAACAAUCCCGACGCAAGGACGUCAUCGGGACUUCGUUACACUGCCCAGAUUCGUUUUUAUACACAAUCAGUCGUGCUCAUUUCGGAGGUUCAAAAUGUCAAAACAAUACCUCUCAUGGGGCUCCGCGGAUAAAGCACAUCCCAUUGAUAUUUUUUCUCUAGCUGUCACUACCACGCAAGUGCUGUCGGCUUCGGGAGCCUCUUCUAUCAAAAUCCACUCGACUACUGGCCCCGACUUUGCAUUGGUACAGUCUCUGGAGGAAGCGCAUAAGAUUGGCUGCCAUCAUAUAGUUACAGAUGCAAAGGGUUCGAGAGCAGUCAGCAUAGGCUUCGGCGGCGACAUUAAGAUUUGGCUGUACCAUGACGGAAAUUGGUCAGAAGACCACACAACGUCAGUCGGCUCUGCAGAUGUUUGGGCAAUUGCCUUAUCAGAAGAUGGACGACAUCUUGCUGGUGUCACUCAGUCCGGUCAUAUCAAAGUGUGGGACUUAAGUGCCGGCGGCGAAGAGAUACGCGACUACGAGGCGAAGGGCAGCUUCGGGACAUGCUUGGAUUUAUCCAGUGAUGGCCGCUUUAUAGCCAGUGGCCACGAAAAUGGUGGUGUCUACAUCUUCAGCACGGAAACAGGCCGCAUGCCUUUCUCCUUGUCAGGCUUGGUGAAGUCCGUUCGAGCGGUGGCAUUUUCUCCGGGUGGGAAACUUCUUGCUGCAGCUGGAGACUCGAAGAUCAUUGUUCUAUAUGAUACUUCGUCUGGUGAGCAGGUCGCCAAUCUCUCGGGACACUCAGCGUGGAUUAUGUCACUUGCUUGGAGCCACACCGGAGAGUACCUUUUAAGCGGGUCCUUUGAUGGAAAAGUUAAAGUUUGGUCUAUCGACACCAGGACCUGCGUCGCUACUCAUUCUGAAACAGAAAAAUGUGUGUGGAGUGUCAAGUGGCUUCCAAAGAUCGGAAAAACGGAGGGAUUUGCGACUGCAGGAGCGAAUCGAAGCAUAGCAUUCUAUAGGGAGGCGACUGGAGGCUGA